AACACUGUUCUGUGUCUAUAAGUAUCCCUCUUCUUCUUCCUUCUUCUCUCGCAUAAAACCUUCCCACGUUUCUCUAUUGUGUAUUUGGCGCAUAGUGCAUUGUUUGGCCCAUUAAUUAAUCAAGGAAGCUCCACCUUCUGGCUUCUUCUGCUGUGCCAACUGUGCAUCUGUGUGUUGUUUCUUUCACAAACUCGCACCGGCCGCAAAGCCAGAAUGGGAAACCUCUUCUGGCCUGGCAUUGUUGCAGCACUUGUUUUUGGCUUCUGGGUUGAUGCUUUUUCAGCCUUUCAAUAUCACUACUUCAAUGAAACCGAGUUCUCUUUGUUGGAGGCUCGAGAACAACCAUAUUCGUCCCUCAUUGGGAGGUCUCCUCUUAUGGUAGGACUCACACUCAUUCCAAGUGCUGCUGCUAAAGGAGCAGUUUGCUUGGAUGGAACAUUGCCUGGCUAUCAUUUACAUCGGGGAUAUGGAUCAGGAGCUAACAGCUGGAUUGUUAAUUUAGAGGGAGGUGGGUGGUGUAAUGACGUUAAAUCAUGUGUUUAUCGCAAGAAAACACGGCGUGGAUCAUCAAGAUUCAUGGAGAAACAGAUACCAUUUACAGGAAUAUUAAGCAAUAGUGCUGAAGAUAAUCCAGAUUUUUUCAACUGGAACAGAGUGAAAAUUCGUUAUUGUGAUGGUGCAUCGUUUGCCGGGGAUAGUGAACAUCAGGCUGCUCAACUACAAUUUAGAGGACAACGUAUAUGGUUGGCUGCAGUGGAAGAUUUGAUGUCAAAGGGAAUGAGAUUUGCCAAGCAGGCUAUGCUUUCUGGAUGCUCCGCUGGUGGUCUGGCUACGAUUAUACACUGUGAUGAAUUUCGAGGGUUUUUCCCACACACUACCAAAGUGAAGUGUCUCAGUGAUGCAGGGUUAUUUCUUGAUGCGAUUGACGUGUCUAGGGGACAUAGCAUCAGGAAUCUUUUCAGUGGUGUCGUAGAGCUGCAGGGAGUGCAGAAGAAUCUACCUCGCACUUGUACUAAUCACCUCGAUCCCACUUCGUGCUUCUUCCCUCAGAACUUGAUUGCCAAUAUUAGAACCCCGCUAUUCAUUCUUAAUACCGCUUAUGACUCAUGGCAGAUACAAUCAAGCUUAGCUCCUUCAUCGGCUGAUCCCCGUGGCUAUUGGCAUGAUUGUAGAUUAAAUCAUGCUAAAUGUACUGCUUCACAAAUCCAAUAUUUGCAAGGAUUCAGGAAUCAAAUGCUGAAUGGUAUUAAAAGCUUCUCAAGAUCAUAUCAGAAUGGAUUAUUCAUAAAUUCAUGUUUUGCUCACUGCCAAUCUGAGAGGCAGGAUACAUGGUUUGCAGACAAUUCUCCUGUCAUUGGGAACAAGGCAAUUGCUCUGGCUGUUGGAGACUGGUAUUUCGACCGAGCAGUUGUUAAGGCCAUUGAUUGCCCUUACCCUUGUGAUAAUACGUGCCACCAUCUUGUCUUCAGAUGAGCCAAAUUUCAUCAAUGGUCACGAUUUCGUUAGUCUCAUUCCUUUGGACCUUAUUACACUCGAUUAGGAAUAUGCUAUUGAAUUAUGAGGAAUGCAAGUAAGAACACACUUUUGGACACAUUUUGUUAACACAUCUUAUUAUUGGGUGAAUUUCAUGCAAGACUUACACAAUUAUGUAAGUCUCAUUCUCUGUUUCAUGGGAAUUGUAUGACAUUCACCAAAUAAUAGCGUGUUAAGAGAAAUAGGUCAAAAGGUGAGCACAUUUCUCGUUUAUUUAUCAUCAAGGCCAAUAAAAGAAAAUGGUUGUUUGAAGUGCAAAUUCAAUAAGCCUUUUCCAUGAUUUAGAAAUUGGUGGAAGUAGUUUUCGUGUAUAGAUUAAUUAGUUGAGAAAGCUGAGGCAAACGCCUUUAGUUUUUUGCAAAGAUUGGCAGAAGUAAGGAACUAUCAGACUAUAUAUAUGCACUGUAAUACAGUAAGCGAGUAAGCAUUGACGGAGGUUGAAUGAGAUAAUCUCAAUCUCAUAUUUUCCUUUCAGUUUGAAUGAAAAUUUCGUCAUUAUUUCCCUUUUA